GACCAAGGUUGAGCUAAACAAAGAUGGUGGACACUUCAUAAAUUUUAAAUUUUUGCAGUGAAAUAAAUCAAUAUUACUCCCACAUGUAGUGUGCUUGUUCAGUAAUUGUACCAUCUGCUUGGUUAAGUUAUUCAAAAGUUAUAUACAAUCCUAUUGGUGGCCAGUAGAUACACUGAAAGUUGAUAGGAAGCAUGCCUGGUAUGAUCAGAUCUAAGAAGAUGUGAAAAUCUAUCACACCCAGUUUAGGCAGCCUAUACUGGUUGGAUGAUCUCAAAAUGGAGACAGUCAUAAUGAUGGCAGUUCUUGUUUUGGCUGUGGCUGUGCCCAAGGUUAAGCCUAUACACGGAGGAGUUGUGCCGUGUGAAUUCCAUGACUACCUGUCCAGCUGCCACCUAAUCAUAGGAGGGCGAUUCCCGAGUCAGAUCACUGCCACAAUCAACCAUUGUAAUGACCCUGUCGAUGUUAGCAUCAGUGUUAUGUCUGAUGUGCACCGCAUUUCUUGGUCUCAUACAUUCGGCAACCACCAUGAAUCACAGGAGGUGAACGGCUUCCGAAGAAACGUCAGGCUCAAUGUUUUUCUUUAUCAAGAGAAACAGAAACAUAGCGUAGAUAUCAAGGCUGUUUUUGAUAUAGAUGAAGUAUCGGAUCCAUUUUUUCUCAACUCUACGGUCCAUAUCUCCAAGGCCACAUCAUGUGGUAUACUCAAUGGUGCUGCUGGCCUUACAACCCUCGUGAUUUUUAUCGUUAUUAUCCUGUGCUUAUUCAUCGUUGUUCCCUCCAUCAUCUGGUACAAACGUCGCCAACACAUACGAAUGCGGAACGCCCUCGUUGAACACAUGGAACCGCCGGGCCGGACACCGCCAAGCUCAAUAGAAAUGCGGCCAACACCACUUGGUGCGAUCGAGGAGAACAUUCCAGGAGAACAAGCCGAGCAUGAAGAGGAUCCCUCUAGUGGUGGGUCUGUCCCGUCAGCGAGUACGCGCGAUGUGAUUGGACAAGAACAUUCACUAGAGUUAUCUAAUGAUUUAUCAAAUGGGACACACGUGAAUACAAUGAGUAAUGGAUAUGUAUGAAGUUUUUAGGAGUGAGGAAAUUUGAAAGUUUUCUGAUGGGGUGCUUCUGAUUUCUGUUGAUAGAAAUUGAUGAAGUGUGCUGUGGUAGGUGGCUAAAAGUGUGCUGAGUGUGCUUCAGCCGCGUUAGAUUUGAGAGAGUAAUAUUCCUGCCUCUUCACUCUCAAAUAUGAAUGUUGUUGGAAAUUUGAUACGUGCGGAUUUGAACAAUGUUCUUUCACAUAUAAUUCUACUGCUAUUUGGCAUGAUAUUUUUAGCAACACUGCUCUGGGUGUUUUUUAUAGAAUAAAGUUGUUUUCCAUGAGGUGCUGUAAUAUUUAUAUUGGAGGAUGUGUCUCAGUUUGAACUUGAUUAUUUGACAAUGCAUGUAGGGAGGUCAUUGGCCUUGUCAGAGUAUAGUUAGAAGGUCCGACCAGAGUUAGUGUAAAACUAAAAUGUUUGAGUUACUGAUCCUGUUCACAUGUUUUUGGGACCAAGGCGUGAAUUAGAAAUGUCUGAGACGAAUCAGUUUGAAUGCAGGAAUCCUUCCAUAUUCUAAUUCUGACAUAAAUCAGUCAUGUCAAUCUUUAAACCUUGUGCCAUUCCGGCAAAUACAUAAUCAUGUCCAAGUUAAUUGUUUCUAUAAUGAAUGAAGGAAUACAAGAAGAUAUAUAAUUUUGAUAAUAACCAUAUAUACACAUGUUGUAUAAGCUUGUGCUUAAGAGUGUGAUAUAUUAGAGUGGUUUUGUUUUGCUUUGUUUCAUAAAUCAUGAUGCUGUAAGUGAGGAAAAUUGUUUGAAAUUCCCUCAAAAUACUGCAAAGAAAAACUCCAAGGAAGGUACUGGCGUUUGUAAACAAACAUGUAUCGUGCACUGCAGAUUAGUACGAAUGUGUGAAAUAUAUGAAAUUAAGAAAAAUACAUGUAGCUCACUUUUAUAGAGAAGAAGAAGAUUCACUUAGAUUCGAAGCCUCUUUUUGGGGCAUAUUUUGAAACUGCGUUUUUCACAUUCGACAAGUUUACACAUGUUAUGAGGGGAGAGAUUUGAAUAGUAAUGACUCUGUUGGAACAUUGCAGAAAGCAUCAUACGUAUCAGCCUUAUCUAUGUUGUAUUUGUGUGUGGUGUAGGGUAUGAUCAAGUCUGGUUUGGCGUGACAUUAAGUGACUGUUGAUGUUGUUGACAUUAGCUAGUUAGCAGUGGGAUGCUCUGAACACAUCAAAAACAGAUGCUGUUCAUGAACAUUGAGAUUUUCUUUCCAAAUAGAAAUCUUGUUUGUUGCUAGAUUUUUAAACCUUGUACUGUUCUGCUCAUUAUGACUCAGCUUUUUUUAUUUCUUUAAUCCUUUUUCUCUGUGCAAUUAGCUUUUAUUGUUUCAGAUGUAAAUACAGCUUGUAAAUUAUUUGUCACAACAACGUCACAACUUCACAGAAGUUGUUUAUCUGCUUUUUAGCACAGCUAUAAUGUAAACAGUUUGAUUUUGAUUUUAAUGCUCUUUUUUUGAAAUGUCUGACUGCAUAAUAGAAGGCCAGUUGUGGUGGAGAAGUUAGACUUUGAAUAUUUAUUAUAAGUUUUUUUACAACCUCUUUUAGGUUAGCAUGCAGGUUUUGUUUUACAUGUAAAUCGUCUUUCUUUGUGUUGAAAAUGUUCACUGCUUUGGUGUAUAAAGUAUUGUGGUAUCACAUUCCAUACUUGUAGUUAUAUCUUCUAAAAGUACGACAUUAUCAUUGAUUAUCUGUAUAUCCAUCGGAAGGUAUGUAUACAUUUCUGUCUUUGUAACUUAUUGGUUUAAUGCGGAUGUCUACCCGCUUUCAUAGUGGUUUCCAGCUGACUGUGGCAAAUGUAGGAAAUGUUUGAAUGGCCAGCUCGGUGAGGCAGCUCGAAGUCUUAGAAUGAGACCUACAUCAAACCUAACACUACAUGACACAAUACCAUGCUCUUCAUCCAUCUUUCCUCCACAUGAGGUGAGCACAAUGGCCCUGGCCAUUUCAUUUCCACAUCCGUCACAUCCAGCUAGACUCCAACCUCUGUGCUGAUCUCUGUCUGUUCCAUCCAAGCACUUUCUACCUGACUGCCUAAUAAAUGUUUACACAGAAAUUGA